UACUAUGACAUUUCACGGUCUCACUUAAUAUGUUGGAAAUCUCCAUCAGGAAAGCUAUUAAUAGAUUGACAAACAAGCUUGCGAACAAUGUGAACUUCACUCGUUUAGAAUGCGAAGCUUUGUUAGAUAUGUUCGUUAAAUUUGACAGCAAAAGGCCUUUCGGAAAGUUAGAUCGGAUGAAGUUCAGGGAAAUACUGCAUCAUACAUUUAAAAUGACGGAUGACGUCAUGAUUGAUAGAAUCUUCCGUGUUUUUGACGGGGAUUUCGAUGGUGGUGUCAAUGCUCAAGAAUGGGUGAUGGGAUUAUCAAUAUUCCUACGAGGUACUUUAGAAGAGAAAAUAAAAUUUGCGUUUGAUGUUUAUGAUCUUAACAGUGAUGGAAGAAUAACCAGAGAGGAGAUGUUUCAGCUAUUAAAGUAUUCUCUUGUCAAACAACCAACAGAUGAGGAUCCUGAUGAAGGAAUUAGAGAAUUAGUUGAAAUGGCAUUCAAACGAUUGGAUAUGGAUCAUGAUGGAAGAUUGAAUUACACUGAUUUUCAACAAGCUGUUGAAGAUAAUGCUUUAUUGUUAGAAAUUUUAGGACAGUGUUUUCCUAAUGAAGAGGUGGCAACAGCCUUUUUAUCAACAUUUCAAGAGAUUAAAGUACCAGAAUCGAUUUGUUAUAUUAAACCAGCUAAAUCAUUUAUCAGUUCUAUUAAUGCUUAAAUGAAGAAUAAUAAAAAAAAGAGAAAGGCAGGAAAACAAAAUGUUUCAUUUGAAUAUUGUCUACUAUUUAAUUAAUCGUAUCAUAUUUUUACCGUA